CUCGGGCCAUCAACAGCAAAAGCAAAAGAUCCUGCACGAUGAGCCGGCCUGAGCACAUCGCUCCGCCCGAAAUCUUCUAUGGAGACGAUGAGGCGCGGAAGUAUUCUGCAAAUUCUCGCGUGCAGCACAUUCAAGCAACCAUGACAGAGCGUGCGCUCGAGUUGCUCAAUCUACCAGCAUGGAAACAGGAGUCGGGCGCUCUGCUCUUGGAUAUUGGGUGUGGGAGUGGGCUGAGCGGGGAAGUCGUCAGCGAGAUGGGUCACCAGUGGGUCGGAUACGAUAUCGCGCCUAGCAUGCUCGAGGUCGCUCUCGAGCGCGAAGUUGAUGGCGACUUGCUUCUUGCCGACGCCGGCCAUGGUUGUCCUUUCCGAGCGGGGUCCUUUGACGGAGCUAUCAGUAUCUCAGCGCUCCAGUGGCUUCUGAAUGCCGACACAAACACGAAUGCGCCCAUUGCUCGGCUCUCGCGCUUCUUUUCAACGCUGCACGCCUGCCUAUCGCACGGUGCUCGUGCUGCGCUCCAGUUCUACCCAGAGUCGGACGCACAAGUAGAACUUUGCAUGAAAGCGGCGACAAAGUCAGGAUUUGGUGGCGGGCUUGUGGUGGACUUUCCGAACAGUCGCAAAGCAAGAAAGUGCUUCCUAGUCCUCUGGGUCGGCGGUGCUAUGCGAGUGCCCAAGGGCCUCGAGGACCUCGUCCAAGCAGGCGACACCAGCGAAGGCCAAGUGCUCCCCCGCGGUCUGGUGGCCGAACACGAGAAUCCAGAUGCGGUGGGUGAAGUCAAAUUCGAAAGGAGAAAGGGGAGUAAAGUGGCAAAGCGCAAGGCAGGCAGGAAGGUGAAGGACGAGAAAGGCAGCCGGGAAUGGAUUCUCAAGAAGAAGGACUUGUAUCGAAAGAGAGGCAAGGAGGACGUACCUUCGGAUUCGAAAUUUACCGGCCGAAAACGAAGAACUGCUUUCUAGCUAGCAAGCUGGUGAGGGAUGAGGUGACAACAUUUACAUGCAUGUACAGUACAACAUCACUGCAAUAUCACAGUCUAUAAAGCCUAC